CAUCGCCCCCCGGCUGGUCAUGCUGCUGUGAAUGCUUCGAAGCUGGAACAGUCAUGUCUGUAUAAGUGGUCAGGAGUAUCCGUUGGCUGGAUUGUAAACGGAUUUAUACAUUGCUAAACAUAUAGAAAGCCAGUUCUUGUGGAUACUGUAGAGAUUCGUUAGAGAAAGUGUGUAGUUUGAACGAAUGUUUUGAAAGCAAAAGUGCACGAGAACUGGUAUCUACUGGUAAGAGGAAUAUCUUCUCCUGAGAAACACGAAAGGCGCAACAUUCACCAACAAAAUAUUGAUUUUUCUCCUCGCGCCAGUGUUUGGUACGGGAUGGUUGUGUCCAGCUAGUCGAGGGAAAUAUUCGUUCCGACCAGUAACAGUGCCCUUAUCGAACAAUAUACUAGUGGAAUUUUUUGGACUUUUGGCAUAUCAGUUAUACAGUCGCGUUUACUACCUGCUGUUCGGUGGUCUGCUAUGUAAAAAAGAUAAGUGCCAACGAGGUACAAAUUAUAGAAAAUGAUCAACAGCAGUGUAAGAAGAAGAGCAGGACACCAUACCGGUUCGGUGGAACAGCUUGUAGUGCUGGUGCUCCUGGCAGCUACUCUCAUACCACCGUAUCACACUGCGACCGCGACUUUGCUUCCUUCGGGAACCUUUACUGUGGCGAAGCGUAUGUACAUCGAAACUUGCUUGGCGCGAUUCGAUGUACAUCUCAACACUAUCAUCCGGACGGAAGCAUCGCAAUCGAUGGGAGCCCGGUAUCUGGACGAAGCGGACGUAAACUCACGGGAGCAAUGCCUGCGGUUGUGCUGCGAAACGGAAAACUGUGAUGUCUACGUAUUUGAAGAAAAGAGCCCGGGAACGUGCUUCCUCUUCCAGUGUGGCCCACCGGAGAACUUCCGCUGUAAGUUUACGCGCCACUCCAACUACACGAGUGCCGUUCUAUCAAUUCCCGCACCAAUGGAGCCGCAACCGUCAGCACCGCUGGCCGCCCAGAUACGAGCAUUAGCGCCGCAGCCUGCCGACACUGCGACGAAACUGUUAUCACAGAAUGAGAUGGAACUGGUCAGUCUGAAAGACAGGGCCGCAAUGAUGGGAGCUAACAGUAAACAUAGGUCGAAUACCGGUUCGACGGCCACCACGAUGACGAUGGCGACGACGACGACAACUCCGUUACCACCACUGGGUGUGCGGUUGGGAGAUAUGCUGACGACCUCCAGCACAGCUUCAACGCUCCCCAAGCAGGUUGUGCAGCAACAGCCACGGCAACCACCGUCGUCGACAUGCGGCAUCUUUGAAUUCUCCUGCCACUCCGGGGACUGUAUCGCGGUGUACAACGUUUGCGAUGGCAUUCCACAGUGUGAGGAUGGUAGCGAUGAGGGUGCCGAAUGUCCGCAAAAAAACUCUGGCCCCAUUCUGUCACCCGUGGCACCGGCCGCGGUUGCUGGUGGGCGAAUUGCGGACGAAAUGCCUUCAGCCGGGAUGGUUGGGUAUCUUAAUCAACCGGCAAUGAUGCAACCAAAUGGUGCUAGUACUUCCCUCCAGCAGGGUGGGGGUUCACAACUGUAUCAACCGAUAGAUUUUCGGCAACCACCACCCCCCAACCGUUUCAUUAUCAGUCCUGAGCAACAGCAACAACAGCAGCAGCAGCAGCAGGCACAGGUUCUCUCGAAACAGAUGCUGAUGCAUCGCAAUCGCGAGGAUCCAAUGACCGCCCCAAAAGCCGCGUGGCCUCGUUCAGGGUUCAACGAGUUUACCUAUGAGCAACCAAUCAACAACGGUGGUCAUAUAUUCAGCCAUAAAGGAGGAUUACAGCUGGGAUCGGGAAUGGUUGGACCUGGCCAACAGCAGCAGCAGCAGCAACAACAGCAAUAUCAAGAACCUGCUCUACCGGAUGCAAGCUAUCGUUCCGCUUCAUCUAUGGAUCUUGCUGGAGGCGGGGGCACACCCAACGGCAACGGGGGUCAACUGUAUCUUCCAGUUCCGGGUAGUCCCUAUGCCAGUGAGCAAGAGCCAAAGCAGCUUUCUCAACAACAACAACAACAACUCCAACAGCAAGCCCUAUCGUCACAAUCCCAGUGGCGAACCAUGUGGUCUCCACAGCAACCUUCGGCCCACGUACCACCGCUACAGUUACAGCCACAGGAACAGUACAUACAACCACCGAUACAGCAGCGUCCACCCGAUACGAUGAUACUACGGCAGAAUGCUAUGAAUGGUAUGCUCCAGCAAGAACCAAAUGGUGCUGCGUUCAACCGCGGUCCUCCGAAUCAACAGUCCAUCAAUGGACAGUGGCCAGUGGAUUCGGAACGAGCGGGUGUAACAACGGUGGUCCCGACCGCGUUCGCCAGCAGCAUUUCGGCCAUUAAGCCACAGGCAACCGAUCAGGAGCUACCUGGUUCCAAAGGAGCCGCCGCAGGUGGUCCAGAGCGAUCGGAUCUCAGAGUGGAGAACACCGGCAGCCUUAAAGCAGCAUCAACCGGUGCAAAACCUGGCAAUGCGGAUGUGGAGUAUGAGGACGAUGAUUUGGAAGGAGUCUAUCCGGAGACAACGAAUAGUGAUGGGACGGGACGGGAUGUUGAAUCGCCUUCCACCACAGUCACAGAGGCCCCCGUGAAGAAGCCUCACAAACAUCACAAACAUGAUCAUCAGCAGGCCACGGGAGCCUCUAGCAGCACGAAUGGAAGCGAAGGAGGACAACACGGUGGUACGGGAGGUGGCAAGAAGAAGAAGAAAACGAAAACUAUCAAAAAAGAUAAAGUUCCCAAAGACGAGACGUCGGAGGCAGGUGAUACUGGGUACUCGGCGGUACACGAGCAUCUCAAAGCAGUGCACCAGGGUUUGCAGAUAGAGUUUGCUGACCAUGACGGGUAUGCUGAUCGUCCCGGUGGCGCCAUGCUAUCGCUUACGCUGGGUGUGCUGCUGACGGCCGCUUUGGGCAUCCUGUUAAGCUGCCGGAUGCGUGUCGCUCGGCGCCGUGUUCGGCGGCCAGGGAAAUCGUCGUACGCGCACGAUGCCGAUUUCCUGGUAAACGGAAUGUAUCUGUAGUUCAAUUACUUCAACCUAGACGUUGUUGUUGCGUUAUUCCUUAUCAUUUUUGUUUUCAUAUGCAGGCCAUACAAUGAAUUCAUUAUUUUU